UUUUACAUAACAAAAGAAACGAAGGGCCUUCUCGACAGCGUUUUCUUCUUAAAAAUGAAAGAAAAAAAAAGUAAUAGUAAAAUAAAAUAAACUUUAAGCUCAGCCAUAGGAGAAGGGAGAGUAGAUUGUAAGUAACUUGACAAAUCAAAUUUUCUGUAGUCGCGAAAUUAGGUUUAAGAUUGAUAUGGAGCGGAUUCCGGCUUUAAUAUCAUUAUUGGUGAUGGUGAUGGUGAUAGAGAUGGCAAGGACUUCGGCUGAGCAAGAAAAUAAGUCAUCUUCUGCAGGACUGUUUUGGUCAACGGCCAAAGAGGAAGGGGAUCUGGUGCACAAGGCUGGACCUGCUGAUGAUUCCACCGCCGCCGUCGAUAACGCUGACGGUGGAUUUUCUUCUCUCGAUGGGAUGUUGCAGUGGGCCAUAGGUCAUUCUGAUUCGGCUAAACUAAAGGAAACCGCGCAAGAUGUUCAACGUCUCUCUCCCUCGGAGCUCAACCAGCGACAGUUGGAAAUAAAGGAACUUGUGGAAAAGUUAAAAAUGCCAUCAGAUGCACAGUUGAUGCAAAUUGCACUAGAUGACUUGAAUAAUUCAUCUUUGUCUAUAGAAGAUCGCCACCAUGCUUUGCAAGAACUUUUGAUACUUGUUGAGCCAAUAGAUAAUGCAAAUGAUUUUUGUAAACUUGGUGGGCUUGCUGUGAUUAUACGGGAGCUUAAUCACCCUGACCCAGAUAUAAGGAAAAUUUCUGCAUGGAUACUUGGGAAAGCAAGUCAAAAUAAUCCAUAUGUUCAGAAGCAGGUCCUGGAACUUGGGGCAUUGGCAAAACUAAUGGAAAUGGUGAAUUCUAGUUCCGCAGAUGAAGCCACUAAAGCAUUUUAUGCUGUGUCAGCCUUGAUCCGGAAUAAUGUGGCUGGUCAGCAAUUGUUCUAUGUGGAAGCUGGAGACAAGAUGCUUCAGGACAUAUUGAGCAACCCCAGCGUGGAUGCUAGGCUACGCAGGAAGGCUGUGUUUCUGGUUGGUGAUCUGGCUGAGUGCCAGUUAGAAAAUAUAGAUAAAGCUGAGAUGCCAUUUUUCAGCAAUCAUUUAUUCUUGAAGUCUGUGGUUGAUCUAACUGCAUCAAAUGACCUUGAUCUCCAGGAUAAGGCGCUGGUUGCAAUUAAGAAUCUCCUGCAACUUAGAACAACUGAAGCUACUGUUUUCAAGGACUUUUGUAGACUGGAUGAUGCUUUGGAGAGGAUGAAGAAGCAGCUGGAGGAUUUGAUGUUGGAGGAAUAUCACAGAGAAUAUGUUAUAGAUGUGGAAGGCCUUCGCAAAGAAGUGGAACUCAUUUUUCAGGCAAAGUUGGGGAAAGUAUGAGAUUACUUCAUUGGAUCUUUAAUUUAAUUUGGUGAACUUUGGCUAAGGAGUUUAUAAUUAACAGGUGAUAACGGUGCCAACAUGACAGCAUGUUUCGGCCUUACAAACGUAGCAGGAUGUUUCAUACUUCACCUCUUAUCAUGGAGCUGAACAUGUCAAUAGGAAGAUGAGUUAGUUUUGUUGUAUCCCUUGGCAAGAGAAAAGUUUGCUGAUAAGGAAACUGGUAGGUGGGAAAAAGCAGUUUCUGGGAUGAUGCUUCCCAACUUUCAAGUAGGGUUGAUAAUUCAUCGAAUCCGAUUCAAUACAUAGUAUUAUAAAUUUUCAAAAGUUAAUUCGAAUUCAAAUCAGUCAGUUCAGUAUAUUGGUUUUUUAAAAA